AUGUCCAACCAUCCCACAAAGAAAAAGGUUCCAGUUGGUCAAUCUUCCUCCGAUUUCACCCUUUCUGCCACAUCAACGACCACAACGGCACAAAAAAAACCUGGUACAUGGUGGUUCUGGUACUAUAAAGAUGCUUUAAAAACAAAUUCCGAAAUUCCUUCCUUUUCAGUUGAAGGAAGAAAAAGUUUAUUGAGUUAUAUUUUAGGUACCAGACGAAUAUUGAAACAUGAGGAUUUAAAAACGAGCAGCAGUAGCGCAGACCAUUCUACCGAUCAAUUUGCUGCCUCUCUAGUUCAAUCAUUCAAAUCAUCGGUGGUUCUAUCAAAACAAAAGAACAAUAUUCAUUUAUUUAUUACUUGCCCAACUUUGGAAAAUUUUGAUCAAAAUACAAAGAAUAUUCCUUCUGGAGUAAACAUUUGGGCUGAUGUCAAUGGAGCAGUUGCAGAAAAAUUUGGAAUGAGACCUACCAUUCAAGAUAUUAAUUUAAAUGAUUUAUUAGGGGAAGAUGAAAAGAAAAAGAGCUCAUACAGCAAACAAACGGUUGUUGGAAUAUUUUUUGCCAUGAAUGGUAAAAUUGUAAAAUCUCCUGCAUUUCAACCCAAAUUACAAACAGUUACGCUAGAUACUAUGAAAAGUGUUUAUGAUUUUAUCGAAAAAUGUCAAGGUAAUAUUUCUAAAAUUACAGCACCAGAUUCCUAUGCAGCAGAUUUAACAGAGAAUGAUUUAAAGACGCUUCAUUCAGCUGCUUGGAGUGACUAUCAAAGAGAAUUAAAUCAAAUGAAUUUGGAUUUGGGAUUAGGAGGUUCUUCAACGAAAAAGCACAAGGUAUCAUCAACAACAACAAAAAAAACAGCCACAAGAACAAGCAAAACAUCCCCUUCUGGUGCACCAAACGUUUCCACAAAAAAGAAAAAAGUAACUUCAAAAUCUCUUCAACAAGCACCUCCUCAAAGACUUUCAAAGCUGUAA